AAUAAAAAAUGGUGAUUCCAUAUUAAAUAAUUAAGCUGAAACUUAUAUAAAAUAUAUUACUGUAGAUUAAUAAAAGUGCUUAAGAAAACCACAAUGAUAGUGUGUUUUACUAAUGAAGAUAGCUGGUUUUGAUAUUAUUUUUCUUUCAGAGAAGUUUGAGAAGUAAAGUCUAAUAGACUGUACUCUUCAUCAUACGAUUUUCCGGUAUCUACGUGUUGUUUCUGUUCUAAAAUUCAGUAGAAUAUACAUCUCAUGUAUAUUUUUUGUAUUUACAUUUACAAUGUGCAAGAUUUAAACAAAUGGCAAUUGGCGAAGAAUUAAAAAAUAAAUAGAUCUUUAUACAAUAGUUGGUACCAAAUGAAGCAACUAAUGGAAUCAGGUAGCCACGCAGAAAGUUGCCUGGGGCGCCAAAAAGAUAGCAGCUGAUUGCCGGUACUUGAGUAAUGAGCGAAUCCCGGCAUCUUCGCUCGGUCUCCGAUUUAUACGCAGCCGAUGAAAUAGAGGUUCUCCUCCUUGAGGAGAUUCGCGACCUGGAGCCUCCACUAGCCGCCUAUUCACGUCCUGAAGAUAUUCAGGACUUUGAAAUAGCAGGAAGCCGUGCUGGAGGGCUCAUCAGCUCUCAAUCUUCUGAACUGGAUUCCCCAGAGAUACACUCAACGGUUCAUUCCUGGGACUCGCAUGCGAAUUAUCAUGGGAAUUACGGUCACGACGACCAUAGACACGGAUCUUCUAUAAACACCAUGGCUUGGCCACGUACUAGUAAUCUAAUUUUCUAUUGCGACAUCCAGGGUCACCUAAAGACCGCUACUGGACUUGUUAGAUUACUCUUACUUUUAUCGUCAGCAGCAUGUUUGGCAACUCUAUGUAGCUCAGGGACUGCGAAGGUCAGUCUUUUUAUGCUACCCCUAGUCGGGAGACUCCGCUUCAUGAUAUUUGUUGCGGUCUUUUGCCUGCUGAUAACUACGUUGCUUCUAUUUUUGGACAUCUCACACGUCGUUUAUUUCUUUCCCUUCAAUUGGGCACGAGUGAACGCUUGGGUAUUCACAGUAGUUGGCAUAGCAUACUUAACUAGCAGCACUUUGGUACUCUUAGCGGUAUUUGAGUACCAUGGGCAGGGCUGGGUGCCCCGACGAACACGCUCGCAACUAACGGCGACCGCGGGACUUGGAUUUUCAUGCGUUCUUCUCUCAUUUCUACUUUCAUGGCUAAAUGGCCGCCAAGGUCUAUCCUGCCACAGCCUUCAUGGUAAACGUGAUCCAAGACAGCAACUCUAUAAGCCUGUAGACAGCUCCUCAUCGGGGGCGACACUUAAAGACGGAGUCCGCUCCAAACAGCCGUCGACAUGGGUGGUUAAGAAAUCAAAAAAUUUUCGAAGCAGUGACGAUUCAUGUAAUGGUAAUGAGGGACGACCGCGCAAAGACCAUUGGGCCUCAACCCGCGAUCAUUUUCUCGGACUGGAGGAACCAAUGGAAGAUUCACGCCCACAGCAUAAGACAAAGAAUGCAAGCAGUGGUCAGGAGAUGGAGAGACGUAAACAACGUCGGCGACGCGAGACAGACGCUCAAGAUAUGAGUAUCAGCCAGACGAAGACGAGUAUCACUACCGACGAAAGCAAGAUAAAGUCGGCACAGCCGCCUCGUAAGUUGCCAAUUCAAUCCGAUAAGCUAACCCGGCAGUUACGCGGACUCACUGCCUCGGGUAAGGAAUUCAGUCAACAACCAAAGAAGCCUACGCGUACUUCGGUUACCCGAAGUGAGAUUCAGGAGUAUUGGAUGCAGGGCUACGAGCACGUGCAGCGCACCGACAAGACGACCGCCAACAUCGAGCAAUGGCAGUCGGCAGCAAUGAAGAGUCUGGAGGAAAAAAAAGCUAAAGACGAACGUUGGGUUCAAAGUUGGCGCCAACAAAAAGAACAGCACGAAAAUAAGCCACCCAAGCAGCUUGAUGAUGCCAAGCCCUGUUCCAGUAAAACAAUCGAGCCUCUUAACUUUGCAUAAAAACUUAUCGUAUUUCUUCUUUUUCAAAAAUCCACGACUGUUUCUUUUUAAUUUUACAUAACUGAACAAUUUCGCAUUGUACCGAUAUAACACCGAUGAAGGCCUUCUAUACAGAAUUGUGUCAUGCUUUGGCCUACCUAACAUAUUUAUUUGAAAUAUAUAUGUGAAUUUUUUCAUAAUGCUCUUACGAUUAUUGUUAAAUUGAUAUUAUUAUUAACAAUUUAGGUAAAAAAUGUUUAAACUAGAUAUUUACGCUAAUUAAGUUACCUUUAAUGUUCCAAAAAUUUACAAUAAGAGUCACAAGAGAAUUAAGACUAAUUUAAGAACUUAUAAUCAACUAAGAAGAAAUAAUUCUUUUACUAUAAUGUGGAUUAAUUUUUUAAGAAAAAACAUAUUCAUAAGUGACAUAAAGUAAAAAAACUUUAAAUUUACAAUUUUUGAGCAAUUAAAUACGUGUUUAAAAUAACGGUGGAUCUCAUGGUUCUGAAAUCGUUAAAUACUCGGAUCAAAAAAAUUAGCAUAAUAUAGCUUUUCGAAAAUUGUCAUCGCCUAGAAGUUGACUUAAGCAAUUCCAAGGCGAUACUCGGUCAGUAACAUAAUAAAUUUGGCCGUGCUGGACAACAAAAUAGUAUACAACUCAUGGCGGCGGUAUUAGCUCACAGCACAUGUAAAUUGACAUUCGAAGUGGAUUCUAUGGACUUGCUUAUAAUUUCGAGGCCUUAGGUUGUAAUAUACUAAUAUAGAAAAAUAUUUAUAGAAGACUUUUUAAGUAUACCAUUACAAAAGUAAGAUUACAUUUGAAAGAUGCUAUUGCAAGGAGAAAGAAAGAAAAAUAUUUAGAAAUAAAUUCGCAAUGUCAGACUUGUAUAU